GAUAUUGUUUAUCUUUUGAUGAUUUUGAAUGUUAAUACCUAUGCAAAUGUUAUUCUUGAACGUUCGUUACGCGCAAAUGAAUGUCAUAUUGGUGAUAAUGAGAAUAUAUUAACCAUAAUGAAACAAAUUUGAACACAAAUGAAUGGAUAUUUUCUGUAAAUGUACAGCAAAAGGUGUACUUGCAGCCGACUUUGACAAAGAACACAAAAAUACACAAGUCUUUCUCUAUAUAAGUAGACUAUAACAGAAUUCCUAUUUUGCAGGAUCGUAUAUCUUCAUUGAAACUUCUCAGAAAAACCCCGGAGACAAGGCGAGGUUGUUAAGUGACGAUCUUGAACCCAGUGAAAACGUUUGUGUUCAGUUUUGGUAUCACAUGCAUGGUUCAGAUACUGGCAACCUGAGCAUCUAUGUCAAAACUAACCAAUCAGAAACACUCGUCUGGAGGCUGUCAGGAGAUCAAGGAAACCGUUGGAGAUUUGGACAGACGGCUCUGAAUAGUCCGAGUUCAUAUAAAUUUGUAAUAGAAGGAACAGUCGGUAAUGGCAGUAAAGGUGAUAUUGCAGUGGAUGACUUAACGGUGAUGGAUGGAGUAUGUGAUGAAAUUAUAAAACAGGCAAGUCCAGACUGCGAAUUUGAAGAGAGUAUGUGCGACUGGGAUGCUGAACAGGGAUGGGUUCUGAAAAUACGCUUAGAGAGAUUUGAAACUUCCGGUGGAUUCGUUGCCUCUCUUCCUGCUGGAGCAUCUGACUCGCGUUCCUCCCUCUCAUCUCCCGUCAUCAACGUCCAUUACUACGAAUGGAAGUGUUUACGUUUCUGGUAUUUCAUUGGCGCUACUGAUGCUCGAGACUGGUAUACAACGUCGUUGAUGUUGUUACUGAGGACAGUGACAUCAAACCAAGCAAUGGUGCUUUUUUUUGCGGAUGAAGUGACAGAUAAAGCGCGGUAUACACAGAUACCCUUAUCGAGAAAUUCCACUAACUCACAGAUUUUUUUUGAGGGCUUCAAUGAGUUACCUGGUGGACAGUUUUUAGCCAUUGAUGACGUUUCCUUCUCCAAAGAGCCAUGUAAACAAAUUCCUUGGAAACAAGAUGGAGAAUGCCGAAAAGAUCUCGGCAUGGAAAACAGUGCGAUCUCUGACAGACAAAUUACUGCCUCUUCGCAACUGGAUGCCAAUCACGCUGCCAUCCAAGGCAGACUAAACUUUAAAGCAACGGCAAACAAAGCAGGCUCUUGGUCAGCUGGCAGCAAUGAUUCCAGUCAAUGGCUGCAGGUUGAUCUGGGCAGUCAGCACACUAAAGUGACACUUGUAGCAACUCAAGGUAGUGACGAUUCACCACAGUGGGUAACCAAGUACAAACUGCAGUACAGUAACGACGGANCGCCUCAAACUACAUUAUACAAUCUUGGUUUACGACAAGACCAACUUUUUCUCUUGUUUCUCUGCUAG